AUGGCCACUCUAGCACGCAUGUUCACAGAUUUAGUCCUAUCGCAGCGGUGCCAUCCUUCAUCGACGCUGGCUGUUAGUGGAAGGGACCUGACCAUCUCUGAUGUAGUGGCAGUCUCGAGACACCUAGCACAUGUGGAGCUCACCCCAGCGUCUAUUGACGCCAUCGAAGCGUGCAGCAAAAUCGUCCCGGAGAAGAUCGCCCAGGGCGAAGUCAUCUACGGCGUCAACACCGGGUUCGGCGGCAGCGCUGAUGCAAGAUCCAAUGAUGUUGAGAGGGUCCAGCAGAGCCUGAUUAGUCACCUGACGUGCGGAAUCGUCGCGGAUGGCAAGCAGGAGCUGGCUCUGACUAGCAAUGGUAUUCAAUCCAAAGUAAUGGGCAUUCGAGCCAAAGCAACGGGCAUUCAAGCCAAAGCAAUGGCCAUUCAAGCCAAAGCAAUGGCCAUUCAAGCCAAAGCAACGGCACCGACAAUGGCAAAUUGA